CGCUCAUUGCCAAUGUUUGGACUUCGUGUGCCACUCGCGAUUGAUCUCCACGAACUGUGUGCAUUCAACACUCGCUCUGCCUCUUUUCUGCCCGGCAUUUGAAGUUGACCAAACCAGGAGUGAAGAAUAUAUCGUCAGAAUGACUCGUGUUUCAUCAUGAAACGCGUUGUAGGCAAUGAAUGGGGUACACGCAGAGUCACGGGUAGAGCAAGGUGGACAAUGGCCUUCAUUGACAAGAAACGUCUCAUUUCGCCUAAUUGUGAGGCUGUGGAUGCGCCCAGCCGGAAUUAAAGUUACAUUGUCACUUACAUCGUUUUUGCAACGGGAAAUAGCCUGCUCAGCGUGGUCAUCGAAGCACGACACGCAAAACAAAAAGGGCUCUGUAAAGAUAGGAUAAACGUGAAGAGCUUAAAGCUGGCAUACUACGGUCAAUCUUGCCAUGAAGGACUAUUUGGUACGUUUAGCACACACUAAAAUAAAUUUAACACUGCAAGAAAUAAUGAAUUAAACGCGAGAGCUUAACCGAAUCCACUGUGAAAAAACGAUGGUCAAGAAGUCACUCUUUGUCAUACGCACGGAUCCUUAAGUCAUCUUCUUUUUACACAAAUUCCUUUUGUCCUGAUAGACUUUAAUUUUAACCUUACUUGUGACAAAUAACAAUGAAUACGCUUGAUCCGCGUGCUACCAUGCCAAUUGUCUUGGUGUUGAGGCGACUUCGCACUCCCGAACGGCUGGCAGCGUAUGGAGCAAAGAACUGGGAAUAUAGUUCAUCAGGUCCCGACUUUUUUUCUCUUGCAAGAAUGGACUCGCUCGGAAGAUUCGGCCUUUUCACGUUAGGCGAUUGCAAGUAAGCGAUGGUGACGGACAUGAGGUCCAAAUUUCCGGGAGCUAGCUUGUUAUAAAAGAGCGAUCAGAGAGCUGCGGAUGGUCCUAACGUUCAGACACGACAAUAGUCAGAGCGAGUUGUCCUUCUGCGCAAUCUACGCACAUCCUGCAGUGAUGGACUCGUUCUUCAACCUCUCGUCACUUAUCUACUCGUCCUCGCCUUCCUCUUCGCCCUCUCAGGAGAUGUCAACUCCUGUUGACUCUGAAACUGGAAGCGAUAGUGGCACGUACUGUGUCAUUGCUUGAACUACGAUUCGGACUACGGCACAUUCCUACCCAUUUCUACCUACAUGGCGUCCCUAUUUUACGGUUUUGAGAAACAUCUUAUUUUGCAUAACUUAUAUCACUUCGCGAUUCACUGCGGUUACAAUUUCGACCCGCGCAUUCGUUGACGUCCUUCCAAGGCCUUGCUCAACGUGUUAUUUUGGCUGCUUCUCUUCGACUGGUCGUCUUUCGUUCGAACGUUUUCCCACAACCAUCCAGGAGAGACCAUUGAAUUCUUAUUUGUAUUAUAUGCGUUUCAUUUCGGAGGACGAUGUCGCUUUUCGGAUUCUUUGGGAGUGGAUGGGGGCGUGAUUUGUACUUAUAUAACGACUGCGACGGUUCUUUAUGCACUUUGCACGACCAAUCAAGUAAUUUGGAAUUAUGGAGAAUCCACUUGUCUUUUAAGAGAAGAGAGGAGUUACUAACGGGUUCCCACCUACAACUAUCUGGCUUUUUCCCUGAAUCACCACCCGACAAUUUUUCUAUGACUCAAGUUUCAUACUGUGCGACUCGGGUUUCACGCUGAACUUUAAGUUCAGCAACAGAGGAAGGUGGAUUUUGAAGAAAUUUAUUUAUUUAUUCCAGAUAAUGCUUCCUCGAACGGCUCAGUGUAACAAUUUAUGUCGAGUUUUGAUCGAUCAACACGAG